GCAAUAACAUCCAGUAUCCUUGUCAAUGUCACAAUUGGUAGUGAGUAUUGGUUUCUAGCUCUGUCUGUUUUUGUCGUGGUCCUCGUGCGUGGCUUUCCUGGGUUGCUCUUCAGCUCUGCUAGCUCCCCCGUCACCAACAUAAUCAAUCAAUGAUCAAUCAAUCCAUUCACCCUCCACCCAUAUCUCGCCCUUUUACUUGCCGAAAAAAAUACAGAACGGUCUCUUUUUUUGGCCUCGGUCACCAAUUACCACGAAGUAUAAUCCCAGCCCAAGAAGGCUAUGGCACGCAUGGCACCAUCAACCACCCCCAAGCCACC